UUACAUGAAAAGUGCCUCGCACAAUGGCCUACAGAGUGCAAAUUAGGNGCCUUAUCGUAUCAUAUCUUGCCUCCGAAUAAGAUCGUGCCUGUUGUCUUGGAGGAGAAAUCCCAAAAUCACCUCAACAGUACCACUGGUCAUCAUUUACAGGUAGUUGGUACUUCAAGCAAUACAAGGCCACUGCUGGUGUUGAUAAAUCCGAAGAGUGGUGGAAAGCAAGGCGAACGGAUAUAUAGGAAAUUUCAGUACUUGCUCAAUCCGCGACAAGUUUUUGAUCUCACCAAGGACGGACCUGAACCCGGACUGCAGCUAUUUUCAACAAUUGCUAAUGCGAAUGUAUUAGUGUGCGGUGGAGAUGGUACUGUAGGAUGGGUACUGGAUGCAAUGGGUCAGUUUUGA